GAGGAACGGCGAGUUGAUGACGACAUUUUCAUGCGCCGGAUAUGUUGACACGGCGAGAAUCCUGAAUGCUGAUGUGUUACACGAAAUUACAAGGCAGGUAGACUUCUGAGUUUCUUUUAUUGUUUUUUUGAUGCGGUAAUACAAUAACGGAGAGGAGCGGCGGCGAGUCACAGGUCCAUGUCAAAGAAGACGCAGUGGAAGACAGCCACAGCAGCCGGUCAGAGAGCCAAUGGCGCCCAAAGGGAAAGUUGGCACAAAGGGAAAGAAGCAGAUUUACGAGGAGAACGAGGCAACGCUGAAGUUCUACACAAGAGUCAUCCUAGGAGCUAAUGCAAUAUAUGCUGCCGUAAAUCUGUUGAUUUUCUAUAGUUCGUCUACGUUUUGGACAUGGCUGCUGCUCAUGUUUGCAGUAGCUGUGUAUGUCGGGAGCUACCGCUCCAUGUCUGCCAUGGCCAAGCCAGUGUUUGCUGAGGAUGGAAGUCUCCUGGAUGGAGGAAUAGACUUGAACAUGGAGCAGGGAAUGGCAGAGCACUUGAAGGAUGUCAUCCUGCUCACAGCCAUAGUACAAGUGCUCAGCACCAUCUCCUCUUACUUCUGGUAUCUCUGGCUGCUGGCCCCGGCCCGGGCCCUGCACCUGCUGUGGGUAAACUUUCUGGGGCCCUGGUUUAUGGCAGAAAGCCCGUCGGCACCAGAGGAAGUGAAUGAGAAGAAGCAGAGAAGACAAGAGCGCAGACAGAUGAAGAGAUUCUGAUGCUGCGGGGCAGACGGAGCAGUAUUUUUCUACACAGAAUCUAAUAUACAGAUAGCGAGGAACUCUUAAGUUAUUUAGGAUGAAAUUUUGUUAUCGAGUUAAACCAUCCAAAUCUGAUACUGUGGAAUCUUGUUUGUUUUUCUUUCUGCUUUCUCCUGUAAUCAGAUUUUCUCUUAAAUUAUGAGAUGAAAUCUUGCCUAUUUAGAUAAUGUCAUGGUCCAAAUUUCAUUCUUUCUCAUGCAGAGCUUUAAGGUUUUUGCUGUUGCCCAAUCUGAUCACACUUCCCCCUGCAGAUUUCCAUCAAAUAUUCCCUCAACAACCCUGCAAGGCAAUGACAAAAUGAGUCUAAACUGUAGCUAUCUGAACCCAGUCCAGCCCUGCCACUUUUCUCAUGGCGUGUCUUUUAUUUUUGUAAAACGUAACAGAAUUCAUUGGCGAGCCUUCAUUACAGAGCCCAGAUGCUUUGUUUGUACGUUAUUAUAAAAUCAACUGGAUAUAAAUCAUGUUUAAAAUUUAAACCUUUUUGCAAUAAAAAUCUUCCUUCAU